AACGCCGACUGGUACGGCCCGACUACAAUGAUCAGAUCAGCCCUCCGCCUUCCGGCGCAGUACGCUGCGUCGUCGUCGUCGCGCGUCUCGGCGCGCGCGUUCGCGACCUCGGCCGUCUGGGCCAACGCCAACUCGGACCUCGUCAAGCGGCUCGAGGAGCAGCUGACGCCGCGCGAGGCCGUCGAGCGCAAGCGCAAGGAGAUGGAGGCGAAGUACGGCGACAAGCUCACGAAGCGCGUCAAGGAGGAAGGCGUGUCCAACCUCGAUGCGCUCAAGGAGCGCGUCGUUGCUCCCAGCGUCCUGGCCAAGAUCAAGGCCAAGAAGUACCGCGAGGAAGAGGCCGCCAAGGCUGAGAAGGCCCGUCUGGAAGAGGAGGAGCAGCGCGUGGCAGCGACGGCGGCCAAGGCUGAGGCAAGCGCUGAGAAGCGGGACGCAGCACGCAAGGCACAGGCCGAGGGCGACCGCUCCGGUGUCAAGCCAUUGUCGUCUAUCAUCAACCUUCCCCUCAUCCUCAUGACACCGCACGACGCCGCGGCCAUCGGGGAGAUCUGGAACACGUACCACCGCACCCACCCGACCCUCGCGUCGUCAUUCCUGUCCGCCUCGAUGCCACUAGCGACUUACGAGUCGAUUGUGUCUCUGGCACGGGAGAACCCAUUCUUCGUGCUCCCUCUCCCGCGUGGAAAGGACGGCGGUGAGAGCUCGUUUGAGAUGUUCUAUGUCCAGUGGCUCUUCCACCCGGCACCAAGUGCGCCCCCAACGACGGACCCCAAGGCCGACGCACCGCUGCCUCCCGUCACAAGCGCAAUCUUCACCCCGCUCGAGGAGUUCAAGAAGGCCGGCGAGUGGGCCCAGCCCUUCCUCACCCUCACGUUCUACCCCGACCUCGGGAACACGCACAGCACCGUCCUGCUCCGCGGCGAGAUCUCGCCCGUGUCCGCUGCGGGGCCCGCGGGGAGCGCCGAGAACCCGGGCUUCCUCCUUAGCCAGCAGGAGGCGCAGCUGCUCGACCUCGCACUCCAGCGCUUCUACUGCGCCGGGCUCGGCGCGGCGAACGAGGACUCGGUCCAGCGCGACGACCGCCUCAAGCGCGGACAGGCGUUGCGCGACUUCCGCGAGAAGCCGCAGGAGUGGGACUGGCAGGGCCUGAUCCAGAUGGCGUACGGCGGCCUCGCGUAGCGUCGCCGCCCCUUGCCUAGCGAGCGCGCCUGUCGCGCGCGCGCGAUAAUCAUCAUUUGCAUGCAUGUUUGUGGCAACAG